AUGCCACCGAAGAGAAAGAAACCAGGAACGCCUCCUCUUAAGGAUCGGCUGUACUCGAAAAUCAAGAACGAAUUGAUUAACCAACCUAUCUCCGGAUCUGUUAUUACGAAGGAAGAGAAGCAACAGCGGAAGGAGGCCCAUUGCGAACCCUUCAUGCCAAGACGGGUCCUCGAAUCAUUCGUCCAACAUGAAAAAGUCAAAGCAGAUUUGAAUGGACUACUGGGCAACAGAGGUGAUAACGAGGAACUGGCAAGAUAUGCUGUCGACAGAGCUUCCAGGGCCUUUUUGACCGCCAUCUAUGCCCAGGCUAUAUGCGUCGAAGAUGGUGAACCCUGCAUCAAGCUUCUUUAUGAUGGAGAUUUCAGAGACAUAAAUCUUCCGGUCCAUCUUGUUAAGGAUGAGGAUGAGGAUGAGUUUGAUCCUUAUGCAGUCUGCGCCAAUGAAUCCGAUACUGCCUUGGAAUGUUUCUCGGACUGGGGAAUGGUGUUAAAGGAGCGGUAUGAGGAGAAACAAUGGGUUUUCCUCGCUCCGAGAUUGGACGAAGACGAUUUCAACUAUGUGUUUCACGAAAAACAGCCGAUACCAUUCGUCUACAUGUUCAACCCCCAGCCAGCCCGAGGGUUCUUUAGUAGAGUUUUCAAACUUGGCCUACGUACCGACCACCUCCGUGUUAAUCAGCGAAGCUUUCAACUGAAGACAGUGCCUAACGAGGAACAUGUUGAAGUUGCCGUCAAGUUCAUAACUACCGACAGUAACGUGCCUAACUCAAAGGUAGACGUGUUUUACGAAAGGGAAAAGCAAACGCUCAAGUUCAUGAGAGAUCUAAAGCACGACCAUCUUAUAAGAGCAAUUGCAACCUGUGUGAAAGGCACAACUAGAUGUUUCAUCUUCCCUUGGGCCGAAGGUGGCAACCUUGCUGACUUCUGGAAAAACGAUCGAAACCGUCUUGACAAGUAUCUAGUUCGGUGGGCUAUCGACCAGAUGGCGGGCAUUUCCAGUGGGAUUAUGGAACUUCACAAGAAGAAUACUCGGCAUGGCGACAUCAAACCUCAAAACAUCCUCCAUUUUCUGGACAGAGCCCUCGACAAACGCGGCCUUGGGAUCUUGAAGGUAGCGGACGUUGGCCUCGCUAAGGUCCAUCCUGAAUACACAAAAUACCGCGAUUCCACCACAACAAGACAGAGUACAGAACGUUAUGAGCCGCCUGAGAUGAUGAGUUACAUCAGAAAGGAGGCUGCUAUACCACGCAGAUACGACAGCUGGAGUCUCGGAUGUGUGUUCCUCGAGUUCCUAGUUUGGCUUGUUCAUGGUCAGGUGGGACUUGUCAAGUUUCACGAAGACCUUAAACCCUCACAUCAGGAGAGGUUCUAUGAAGUGGAGGGGAAUUCCAAUGUUCGCCAUCAUGUUGUGAACAAGGUGAUCGAUGGCUUGGAGAAGAAGUUGCCGGAUAAUACGGCACUCGGAAGGAUUCUGGAAUUGAUCUCGAAGAACCUCCUGGUACCUGCAGACAAGCGGAUGUACACCGAGACACUGCAUAUAAAGCUCACCGAGAUCAUAAGAGAGUGUAACAACAGGAGUUCUUACUACUUCGGCUCUGAUCUGGCGAGGCUAGCAGAGGUCAGACCUGUUCCGGGCGGUAUAUCAGACGACAACCGCGCACCCCCGGAUGAUUAUUCGCACACGAGCAAGAUUGACAAUAAGUGGCGGGACUUCAAGGAUAGCGAAUGGGCUCGGUUUCUAAUAUCGCGUGUCGACUUUCAUUCUUUUCGUCCUAAUAUCGAAACAGGGUUCUGUGAUGCGUGUAGUUCGAUUGACUUUCUUGCAAAUGGGUUUGACCUAGGUCGGACCCUACAAGAUCUACAGGAGGGAUCGGAAGACUGCACGAUGUGUGCCUUCUUGUUCCGAUGCUUCUCGACAGUCUCUUCUGAAACAGUUGUUCAAGGACAACAAAACCUGUCAUUAUUGCAUAACAACACUCCCGCAAUCUCGUUCUAUGUCGACCCAGAUUAUCAAGGUCCGACUCCACAUCAAUUCCAAUUGGGCUUACCCGUUCUUCCAUCACCUGGCAGCGCUCAAGAAUUUGCUCUUCUGAACGCUUGGAUCACUCUUUGCGACAGAAACCACGACUGCAUUCCAGAACAGUCGGGACCACAGGAAAUGCCAACCAGGCUCAUACAGGUUGGUACAACAGACGCUCCUGUUCUUCGUCUUGUCGAGACAAAGCAGAGCAAUAUCACGGGGAAGUAUAUAGCACUAAGCCACUGCUGGGGCAAGCUCUCGAGGAAAGAGAAAUUCUGCACCUACAGGGAUACCAUCGGAAGAUUGAAACAACAGAUCCCAUUCGACAGACUUCCCCAAACAUUUAAGGAUGCUGUGACGACAACACGAGCGCUCAAUGUGGAGUACCUCUGGAUUGACUCCCUUUGCAUUAUCCAAGAAGACGCAGAUGACUGGAAGAUUGAAGCUGCCAGGAUGGAGGAUGUCUUCAACUCAGCGUACUGUACCAUCGCAGCCAGUUCCUCCACUUCGUCCUUGGGAGGCUUCCUAGGAUCCAGAAAGGAGAGGGCCGUUAUUGGUAUAAACACCACAAAAGGGCCUCUGUACCUGGCACAGGCUAUCGAUGAUUUCCACGAGAAUGUAGAAGAAGGGAUUCUGAACACCCGCGGUUGGGUGUUUCAAGAGCGGGCCUUGUCCCGUCGCACCAUCCAUUUCACCUCUACUCAAGUUUACUGGGAGUGUGGUCACGGAGUACAUUGCGAGACCUUGGCUCACUUGCGAAAUCGCGAGUCCGAACUUCUCGGUGACUCCAGAUUCCCCAAUUAUGGCCUCCAGAAGUACAAGGAUGACAGUAUAAGACUCGUCCAGUACCUCUUCAAGACCUACAGUGGGCUGAACCUGACAAACCCGACAGAUCGUUCCCAGGCUCUUCUUGGAUUGGAAAAGCGUCUGGGUCGCACUUUCCAAACAGAGGCCCAAUACGGCAUUCUUUCGGCUUACUUCGAGAGAUUGCUGCUUUGGCAACGCGAUCAGCCUCUUCCACUGGAUAAUAUACCGUAUCCCGAAUAUGAGGGUACCCCUUCGUGGUCAUGGAUGUCGCUUAUGGGAAGGAUCAGCUAUCUGGAUGUUCCAUUCGGCAAAAUCAAUUGGACGGGGCAUGUAGCGAACCCCUUCGAUACUGAUUACAGUCAUGAAGAUCUUCCCUGGGAUGGAGGGCUUCAGGCUAAAGCCCACAAACUAAAUAUUGGAGAGGACACUUUGAAGAGUAGGGUACGGACCGACCUUACCCACUCCAAGAUGAAACCCAAGGAUUUCAUAUGUGUGGUGGUUGGGACGAGCAAAUUGACCAAUGAUGACGGGACAACAGACCAGUACGUUCUGCUGUUACGACGCAUGUCACUGCCUGCUAUUUACGAAAGAAGUGGUGUCGGUAUACUUCUGGAUAUCCAUAUCCACCCGGAAAGCUUUCCAGUUUACAUUAUCUAG